CAAACUCCGAGCAUAAAAAAAGAGGAAAAACUGUCUUUCAUUUUUUUUUUCUUUUCCUUAUUCUUUCUGCUUUCAUCAUGGUUUUAUCAGAAUACGAAAAGAGACGAUUAGAAAAUAUUAGAGAAAACGAAGCUUUACUACGCAAUUUAGAAAUUCCUACUUUACCGACCAAACCAUCCACCACUACUUUAAAAAAACAUACGCCUAAGCCCAAGAAAAAAGAACCUAAAGUCCCUACGCGUGUCUCCAAUCGUCUUCGUGGCAAGAGUCCUGAUAAAGAUGAACUCAAACGAGGUCUUGAUUUAGUUGAGUUGGAUGCGUUUCCUGGUCAGAAAAGAGCAAAGAAUCAAACACAGGAUGUCCUUGAUGCAAAAGAACAUAAAGAACUCAAGAAUUUGAUGCAAGAUGCGUUGUCAGUUCCUAAUAUAGAACCCACCGUCAAACAAGAAUCAGGGCUUGUGAUUAAGUCAGAUCAAGCACUUGAGAAACGAUUGGCCAAUCUUAAAAUUCAACAUGAAUGGGCUACUGUCAAAGUCAAUCCUUCUCGUAUCACAGCUUAUAUAAAGUUAUUAGCUUGUAGUGUUGAUACAGAAGGCUAUCUGGGAUUCUGGGAUGUGGAAGGUGUUCAGCCUGAUGGUGAUCCUGUUGUAUAUCAAUAUAGACCUCAUACAGCCAAUAUCACAGAUCUUCAUUUCAUGCCUUCAGAUCAUUCCAAGAUCAUGACCUCUUCUUAUGAUGGUCGAAUUCGAACCUUUGACAUGAACAAAGCAGAGUUUAUUGAUGACCUUGAUUUGAAUGAUGAAAGUUACGGUAUUACUUGCUUUGAUCUUUCUCAAGAUGGACAUUCUGUUUGGUUCUCUACUUCAGAGGGACAAGUGAUCUUUAAAGACAAGCGAUCAAAGAUGGUAGAAGAACACCAGUUACGAGAUAAAAAAGUAGGCUGUGUCCAUCUCAAUCCAGUACAUCAACAUUUGUUGGCUAUUGGUUCAAACGAUAGAACAGCGAGCAUGUGGGAUACACGUAUGCUUAAGCAACAAAAAAUCUUGCAGGAAAUAGAGCAUGGCUAUUCAGUUACCAGUGCUUAUUGGUCACCUCAAGGGGAUAUUUUAGCUACCACGUCUUAUGAUGAUUAUAUUCGAUUGUUUGAUUUAACUCAAGAUAAAAAAUCUCUUGAACUCAAAGCUGCUAUUCAUCACAACAAUCAUACUGGCAGAUGGGUGACAAAUUUUAGAGCAAGAUGGAAUACCAACAAACUGAAUGGUUGGGACUACCAACACUUGAUUAUAGGUAAUAUGAAGCAUACAACGGAUAUUUAUUCUGGAGUGACAGGAAAAGAAGUGGCAAGACUAUAUGACGGAGAUCAUAUUACAGCUAUUCCAAGUGUGUGUCAAUUCCAUCCCACCACAGCAAACCCAACCAUUUUAGCUGCAAAUGCAACGGGUAGAAUGGUCUGUUGGACCUAAAGUUAUAAAGUACCAUAGAACAAACGCUCGAUAAAAUUGCCUGCACUCCAUCGAUGACCAUCUAAUAAGGACUCUUCUUCUUCCUGUUGCUGUUGCUGUUGUUCUUGUUGUUCCCUUUGUUUCUGUAAUGCUGCUUUUAGUAAGAUCUGUCUUCUUUGUUCCAUAUGUGGAACUACAUUCUGAGCUAGUUGAGCAGAAGACAUGGUACGC